UCUGGCAGUGGUCACUUCGUCAGGAUUUUUAAACUGUCGAAAAAUUUGAACGAACACCACCGAAAACCUCAAUUCGUUCGUAUUUCGUUUCGCUGUCGUUUGUGACGGUUUGUUAUCGUUUGCUUAGUUUUUGUAACGUUAGCCUUUUGUUCACUCUUCGUUCACCUCGGUUGAACGAACAUGACGACAGCUGAACGAGUAAUUAACGAAUACGUAAUGACGCCUCAGAGACCUAAACAUUUUCAGACAGUAAAUAUAGCGUUAAGAAUGUUUCAUCAUCUAUGUAUGGACAUUUCAAACAUUUCUCCUUUGUGUGGGCGUGGCCUUCGUCGGCCACGAACAGUUCCCCAUGACCAGACACAGACAGUUCGUCAUGACCAGCACCAUGGAUGGUGAUGAUCCCCAGCAUGGAGAAGAGCCAGCCCGCCUUGUGGACGAGUACGAGAUGGCUGUUCUUUAGGCCAAAAUAUAUGAGGAUGAAUUAAUGAUCAGCAUGUACCUGCAUGUCCAGCACUGAUGGCGAAGGGGACAGCGAUGGAGAUGGUGGACAAGGCCAUGGAUCCAGCGCCGAAGACAGUUCGGUCUGUAUGACCAACUCAUGGUUGAGCUGAGGGCCGAAGAUCCGCAGUCAUUUCGCAAUUUUAUGUGAAUGCUGUCCGAGAUGUACGACAAGCUUCUCAGGAGAGUUGGUCCAUGCAUCCUGAAGCAGGAAAAAUGGUACCGAGCGGCUCUGGACCCGGGCCUGAAGCUGGCACUGACUCUUCGACAUUGGGCUUCCGGAACCAAGUACAGUAAUAUGGAUGGCGUGUUCCUCACAACACAAUCUCUCUCGUCGUUCAAGAAGUGUGCAAAGCCAUCUGUGAAGAGUUCAUGGACGAAUGUUUCGCACCUCCAACUACACCUGCAGAAUGGUUGGCUAUAGCUGAGGGCUUCUUCAAGAAGUGGCAAUUUCCGAACUGUUGUGGUGCACUUGAUGGCAAGCAUAUCGCUUGCAAGUGUCCUCCUGGUACAGGAAGCAUGUACCACAAUUACAAGGGAUUCUUCAGCAUGGUUCUAUUUGCCUUGGUGGAUUCGGACUACAAGUUCAUCUGGGCAGACAUCGGUGGUAAAGGAUCAGCAAGUGAUGCCCAAUAUUAUAUUGAAUUGGAACUGAAGACCUGCCUGGAAGACGGCACAAUAGGCUUUCCUGACCCACAGCCACUCCCACAUGACACAGAAGACGUCUCAUUCUUCUGGGUUGGAGAUGAUGCCUUUGCUCUGCGCCCCAAUCUGAUGAAACCAUAUGCUCAUCGCCACCUCACAGACGAAGAAUGGAUCUUCACUUCCAGGCUCUCACCUGCAAGAAGAGUGGUUGAAAAUGCGUUUGGAAUUUUAGCUAAUCGGUUCCAGGUUCUCCUGACGACAAUGCAGCACAGCCCUAGGACUGUGUGACUCAUUGUCCAAACUUGCAUGGUGCUGCACAAUCUCAUGCGGAUUAGAUACCCCGGCCUUCAGAAUUGCAUCAGUGAUUUUGAAGACAUCCACACUCGGCAGUUGGUGCCUGGAGCAUGGAGGCUAGGGAACAAUUUGCAGGAUAUAAAAAUCCAGAGAGGACACAACACUUGAAAUAAUCCUGGCAAGGUCCAGAGGAAUUUGCUGAAGCAUUGGUGCAAUUCUGAGGCCGGUGCAGUGCCAUGGCAGAGAGAAAUGUGCCACUUGUAAACAUUAUGCACAAAUUAGAAUAUUUUUCAGUCAUAUAUUUAAUUCUAACAAAUCCGCACAUUGUAAUUUGGAACCAUCAUUGUUUAAAUAUGUGUUUUUGGCUAACAGAUUUUUAGAAGGCAUCAAAAUUUAUUUAUAUAUUAAGAACAGGAGACAAACUGAACAUCUAAUGAUGACAGUUUUCUAAAGUUUGCCACAUGUACAUGCACAUAGCACGUAAAGAUUUUUCUUAAAAGUUUCUGU